AUGAAGAACAAGCUCUGGGAGAAUGCUGACCACUACCCUACUGAAUGCAUGAGGAUAGCAUACAUUGAAAACUGGACUGAUGGGGAUGCAGCAUGUCACAUUGCAUUCUGUAUGGAAGAGGACCACUCUGAGCAAUAUCAAACUGCAGAAGAGAUGUUUGAGCACUUCAAGUCAAUAUAUGAGGAUGCUAACAAGCUGCAAAAUGCCAAGAGUGAUUAUCACAAGCUGAUUAUGCACAAUGGGGAUAAUUGUCAUGAAUUUGUCACAAAAUUUUUACACCUGGCAGGGGAGGCCAAGAUUGUCAGAGGGGACUACAAGACAGACUUCAAUGACAAGCUGUCCUUUGACCUUCAGAAGAUGGUAGCAGUAGCCAAUGCAAUCACUGAUACAUAUGCUGAGUUUCAGAAAAUCUGUAACACUCUGUGGACUGUCAACAGUCAAACACCCUCCAGCAUCUCUACAACAAAAUCCUCUACUGUGAAGGAGGCCUUGAGCUCUUGUCUGAAUAUUCAGUGCUACUACUGUAAGGAAAAAGGCCACAUUGCCAGGAACUGCCCUGCAAAGCAGAAGUCCCAGCAGAUGAUUGCUGAGCUCACAGAAAAUGAUGCCUCUGAGCCUUCAGCAGAUUCAGAAAAAGAGUGA